AUGGUUAUGUCGACGAUUCGACAACCUCCACAGCUAUAUGUUCGGUUAAGUCGGUUCCUGCGUUUACUCAUUUCACUAUAACUACUCGGACACAUGAAUUGUUACAACGUUAUGAAAAUGCACUUCAAAGUAUCAAUUUUGAUCUCUUUCCUGAAUUUAAUGUUGGAACCGCUGGGUUAUCGCGUGACGAUUUCAUUGAAAUGAAAGAAUCAUUGUAUAGUCUUUGUGAAGCGUAUGAUGACGAUCAACAUACUCCUUAA